CUUCCUCAGGUCCUGGCCGAGUCCAACCCGUCCCGUUUUGGCUUCCUGUGGCGGCGCUUUGAUGAGCUCUACCUGCUGCUGGACCUCCUCCUCCAAAACCACUUCCUGUCUCACUGCAGCGCCUCCUUCUCUGAGAACUUUUACGGCCUAAAGAGAGUUUCGUGGAGGCGAGGACUCGGUCCCGGUCACCUGGGGCUGGACGUACGCUCCCACUGGCGCUCUCUUCUUCUUCUGUGCCUGGUGCCGUACCUGCGGGCCAAACUGGAGGCCUCGCUGGCGCGGCAGAGGGACGAGGAGGACUUCUCCAUCCGGCUGGCGCAGAGCAGGAAGCAGAGGUUGUACCGGGCGGCCGUGGCGGCGUACCCGUACGUCAGCUCGGCCUGGCAGGCCUGGAUCUUCUGCCAGCAGCUGCUCUUUAUCUUCGGAGUCGCCAAGACCCAUAAUCCCCUGCUGUGGCUGGCCCGGGUCAAACUGGCUCGACUUAACGUUCAAGAUAUCAGAGACAUGGAGCAGAAGACGAGCGCGAGCGGACGUCCAGCGGAGGGGAG